CCUGUGUGUAAACAACACAGGUCUCUCUCCUGCCAGGAAGGACAUGCUGCUGUGUAUUUAUGUGCACAGCAGAGAAAUACACAGCAGCAUGUCUCCCUAGUGAAACACACAGCACAUAGUGAAACACGCACACAGCACACAGUUAACCCUUGAUCGCCCAAGAUGUUAACUCCUUCCUGCCCACUGUCAUUAGUACAGUGUCAGUGCUUUUUAUUAGCACUGAUCACUGUAUUAGUGUCACUGGGGAUGUCAGUGACAGUUAGUCAGUUCCCCCCAGUGUCAGAAUGUCCACCGCAGUCCCG